AUGCCUUCGAAUGAUACAGCAGUUUUACUUGAAGAACCCAUGUUACUUGAAGAUAAUGUGAACGAGGUUGAAAUCGAAACAAUUGAUGAUAAUUCAUCACCAUCAUCAGUCCCGUCUUCAAGAACUUUAACAGAUCGAAAUAACAUUAUUUCAAUACCUGUGGAAAAAGUUAUAAGAACUGAAUCAACAUCUAAACGUACACGAUAUUUAGCAACAUAUCAACAAAGUUGGGAAAAAAAGGAAGAAGCUAUGUACAAGACAUAUGAAUUCGAUUUAUUUGGUACACGAAAAGAAAAACUUAUUUGUUGGUUAUACUCAACGGAUAAUAUAUCAAUGCGUUGUCGAUUAUGCGAAAAAUACACAAAGACAAAAAAUAGCAAUGGUCAAGAGAAUCUUUGGUGUACAAUUGGUUAUAAGACGUUGAAGAUAGAUAAAAUUAAGCAACAUCAGCAAAGUGAAACACAUAAAAAUGCACAAGCACUGGAACUCCAAGUUAGUUCAAAAUUACAACCAGGAUGGGUUGGCACUCAAUCAAAACAACGAUCAAAACAUCAAGAAGCUAUUGAAAAUUUGAUCAUAUCAUCUAUUCAUAUUUGCCAGACAGAUCAAUCGUUAAAUACUUUUAGUUCAUUAUGGGUUCAUAAUGAGGUUAUUGAGAAAUUACGUCAAAAAGUGGAUGCUGAAUGGAUAGGCGGUAGCCCAUGUGCGGCUCACACGUUUUCUCUUGUUGGUAGUCAAGCUGCUUAUACUCUUACUGAUGAUAAUAAAUUGGGACCAAUAAGUCCAUCAAUUUCUAAAUUAGAAUCGUGUAUUAGUAAAAUAUAUAAUUACUUUUCACGUAGUUCAAGUCGUCAAACAAAAUUAAAAAACUGGCAACGAUUCUUGGAAAAACCAGAGCUUCAAUUUAAGCGUCUAUUUGAUAUAAGCUGGUCAUGUAUUCGAGAUAGCAUAAAGCCAAUUAUAGAGAAUAUUCAACCGAAUUCACAAGCAUUCUUUAUAGUACUUGAAGAAAUAUCUUCAGAUUGGACGUGCUCCAAUACAGAUCGUGAAAUCUCCAGUGAACUACGGAAACAAUUAAUACGUGACGAUUUUUUAUUUAUUAUACACUUUCAUCAUGAUCUACAUGAGUGUGUUUUGGGCCCAGUAACAAAAGUACUACAAGAUGAUGACUUUUCAUACUUGGAAUUGAUGAAAUUAAUUAAUGAAAAGAAGCAAAUGUUACGAAAAUGGAUUGAACAAGUGCCACCAGUGUGGGGUCCAUCGUUAUCGAAUUAUAUUCGAGAAUCGAAGAAGCAUUUUUAUGGUCUAUUUAAGAUCGAACCAGCUGAUCGAAAAAAAUUAUCUCAAGAAUGUUGUGAUCAUAUCGAAAGAUUGCUUCAAGAAAUAGAUCGGCGCUUCGUAAAAUGUCCUUUACGUGAAAAUUUAUCAAUAUUAUUCGAUCCGAAUUAUCUUAUACAUCAUAGAGAAAUCGUUGAUCAACCCGAAUAUGGACGAAAAGCAUUAAAUUAUGUUCGAGAAAAAUACAAAAAUUUACCAUCAUUUGAUAAAACUGCAGUACAAGCUGAAUGGGAAUUAAUUAAAAUACCGUUGGCUGAAUAUUUAAAAACUUCAAUGAGUCAUACACGAAAAUAUUUUUGGAAGUCCUUUAUUUUGCAUAAGCAAACUGUAAAUGAACAAUUUCCUGAACAGUUUAAAAAUAUUCUAGUGCUAUUAUCAAUCUAUUUAUUAUCUGCAUCUAACUCUGCUGAAUGUGAACGUGGAUUUUCAGCUGCUAAUCGUGUACAAACAAAUGGACGUAGUCGAUUAAUGGUUGACACAUUGGAUGUAUUGCUGAAUGUUCGUCUGCUUUUAACUGAUGAUAUACGCAGUGCAAGAUGUCAAUUUGUUACAGAAAAAGCAUUUGAAUCAUGGAAUGAUUAUGAAAGUAAACGUCGAUACACUCGAACUAAAUUACUUAUCGAUGUUGCUGAUGAUUACGAGCCUACAAGACAAACACGUCGACAAGAACCAAAACGAAAAUUAAUAUCAAAUCCUGAUGAUGAAGUGAAAAGAAAGAAACAAAAAGUAAAAGCUAUUAAAUGUGCGAACGGGUGCGGUAGAGUGAUUGCAUCCGAUGAUCCAGAACAAGUUAAUGCGAUUCAAUGUUGUCACCAAAAAGAAUUUUACAAAUGGAACACAUCAACAAUAGAAAUUCAAGGUCCUAUUGAACAUGAUCUAGAAUAUUUGCUUAUUGUUGAUGCUAAUAAUCUACUUUUGAAAAUUGAUAAUGAAAUUGAUAUUAUUCACAAUUUCAUUCGAACAAUAUACAAUAAAAGAUUUCCAGAAUUAGAACAACUUGUUCAAUUACCAUUGGACUAUCUUAAAACUGUUCGGGAAUUAGAUAAUCAUGUUGAUCAAUCAACACGUAAUGAAAAUCUACGAAAAUUUUUGAUAUCAGCAACCAUUAUGAUUGUUAGUGUAUCAGCUUCAACAACUCAAAGAAAAAAUUUAACCAAAGAAGAAUUAGAGCGUGUUAUGGAGGCAUGUCAAAAUGCGAUGAAUUUAAGUGAAAAUAAACAAACAAUAAUAUCAUAUGUUGAAUCCAGAAUGACAUUUAUUGCACCAAAUUUAUCAAUUAUUGUUGGUGCAUCAACAGCAGCAAAAUUAAUGAGCAUGGCUGGAGGUUUAACUAAUUUAACAAGAAUGCCUUCAUGCCAUAUUUUAUUGCUGGGUGCACAUAAAGCACUUCUUCAAGGUUUUUCAUCAACAGCAGUUAUGUCUCAUGCUGGUGCCAUUUUUUAUUCAAAAAUUGUUCAAGAUUGUCCGUUGGUUAGUUAA